CCAGGGCCAGACCCGCCCCGCCGAGCCCAGUCCACCUGGCCGAGACCUUCCCCCAGGACGGGGAGCAAGUCCAGUGAUUGUGGAUUGCAAGCCGCUAGGUUUGAGGUUGCUGCUUAUGCAAUCUCACGCAGGUGACACAACUCGUAGCGUAGAUUUUCCGGCCAGUUUUGCCUCCUUAGCCAGUGAUGUGCUAGCCAUGCAUGUGAACGUGCCAGGCCCUUUACCCUGGUCCUUCUGAGUCUCCUGCAGAAUCUCUGCCUGCCAGGCGGGUGACAUCUUGGUGGCCCUUCCUCCAGUGACCUCCCGGCCCUCCAGGAUGCCUCGCCCGCUACACUGUCUUUGCGGCCACUUGCUCACGUGUGCCCCUGACUGUCUCCCGGGCGGACCGGCUCCGUCGGCAUCAUGGUGGACACGGAAAGCCUAAUUUGCCCCCUCUCCCCACUGGAGACUGAGGACCUGGAAAGCCCGCUGUCUGAGGAGUUCCUACAAGAGAUGGGAAGCAUUCAAGAGAUUUCACAGUCCAUUGGUGAGGAAAGUUCUGGAAGCUUCAGUUUCACAGAUUACCAGUGUUUAGGAAGCGGCCCGAGCUCAGAUGGCUCCGUUAUCACAGACACCCUCUCUCCAGCUCCCAGCCCCUCGUCGGUCUCCUGCCCCUCGGUGCCCGGCAGCACAGACGAGCCCCCGAGCGGAGCGCUGAACAUCGAGUGUCGGAUCUGCGGAGACAAGGCCUCGGGCUACCACUACGGAGUCCACGCGUGCGAAGGCUGCAAGGGUUUCUUCCGGCGCACCAUCCGGCUGAAACUGGUGUACGACAGAUGCGACCGCAGCUGCAAGAUUCAGAAGAAGAAUCGAAACAAGUGCCAGUACUGCCGCUUCCACAAGUGCCUGUCUGUCGGGAUGUCGCACAAUGCAAUUCGUUUCGGGCGAAUGCCGAGAUCUGAGAAGGCCAAACUGAAGGCAGAAAUUCUCACCUGUGAACACAACGUGGAAGGGUCCCAGGCCGCCGACCUCAAGUCUCUGGCCAAGAGGAUCUAUGAGGCCUACCUGAAGAACUUCAACAUGAACAAGGUCAAAGCCCGCGUCAUCCUGGCGGGGAAAACCACCAACAACCCGCCAUUUGUCAUCCAUGACAUGGAGACCUUGUGUAUGGCCGAGAAGACACUAGUGGCCAAGAUGUUGGCCAACGGCUUUGAAAACAAGGAGGCGGGCGUGCGCAUCUUCCACUGCUGCCAGUGCAUGUCUGUGGAGACGGUCACAGAGCUCACGGAGUUCGCCAAGGCCAUCCCAGGCUUCGUGAACCUGGACCUGAACGACCAAGUCACGUUGCUCAAGUACGGCGUGUACGAGGCCAUCUUUACGAUGCUGUCUUCACUGAUGAACAAGGACGGGAUGCUGGUGGCAUAUGGCAACGGCUUUAUAACUCGGGAAUUCCUGAAGACCCUCCGGAAACCCUUCUGCGAUAUCCUGGAGCCCAAGUUUGACUUUGCCAUGAAGUUCAACGCACUGGAGCUGGAUGACAGCGACAUCUCCCUGUUCGUGGCUGCUAUCAUCUGCUGUGGAGAUCGGCCCGGCCUCCUCAACAUCGGCUACAUCGAGAAGCUGCAGGAGGGGAUCGUGCAGGUGCUCAAGCUUCACCUGCAGAGCAACCACCCGGAUGACGCCUUCCUCUUCCCAAAACUGCUCCAGAAAAUGGUGGACCUGCGGCAGCUGGUCACGGAGCACGCGCAGCUGGUGCAGGUCAUCAAAAAGACGGAGGCCGAGGCUCCGCUGCACCCGCUGCUCCAGGAGAUCUACAAGGACAUGUACUGAGCCCGUCCAGACGCCGCCCCGGGACCACGGAGCCGCACGGGCGCGGCGCGCAGCUGCCCGCGUGAUCGCGCCAGCCCGGACACCCCGAGGACCGGAAGGUACCCGAGGGCCUCGCCGGCCCGCCUGGGUCUGAAAGUGUGGGUGCUGUUCCGUGCCCGGGCUGGGGAAGUCAGCACCCAUCCACGGCCCGAUGUUAACCGGCCCCGUGUUAAUCGACGCACGUUUCUUUCUCUCACGUUAGCCGUUUGCCACUUAAUUAACAGGUAACCUCAAAGCAAGCGCGCGGCCCCGCCCCUUCUCGUCCCCUGGCUGGUGUGCGCCUUUAUAAUUUGGAAAACUAAUCAGCACUUUUUUUUAACUUCCUUGAUGAUCCUUUAAACCUAAAUGUAUCCAAAGGCUAGAUGUAUUUAUAACACAGGGGGAAACGUAUUUAUUUGGAAGGCUUAAGCUGCUUCCUGAACCUGUAGGAAGACCAUGUGCUUCUUCUUAAAUCUUAGGACUGAGAAUUCUCAGCAACAGUUGGCCAAACUGUCCGUGUAGCCUCCUUGCUCUGAUUUCCCGGUCACGGCCAUUGUGGCUGUAACUAAAUAUGUGGAAAAGGCCAUUUCCGGGCUUGUGAAGGCAGCAUCUGGUGAGCAGGAGCAGGCUGAGCACUGAGAAGGGAGCCUCCUCCUCCUCCCAGCCCUUCUCAAUCCUGCCCUCCCCUCCUGGGGAGCCUGGGCAGACCCACUGGGGCUAGGGCAGCACGACAGUGUUUUAGAGACAAACACAUGCUCUGUAAGUGUCACCAGGCUCUUUGGCGGUUCCUUUGACAUUGGUUUUGUCACCUUUGGGGGCCAGGGGCAGGAGGAACUGGAGCUUGAAAGCAGGGCCUGAUCACUGUCCCUUAGCUUUUUCACUCAGGGCUAAUGUUGAACCACUCGAGCCACCGCUCCACGCAGGGUGUUUUGCUGGUUAAUUGGAGAUAAGAGCUUGCUCUGGCUUCAAAUGGUCACUCUCAGCCUCCUGUAUAGCUAGGAUUACAGGUGUAAGUCCCUGGCUUCCAGCUUCUGUAUCACUUUUAAAAAUAUGAUGC